CCCGCCCCUUCCGUUUCACUUCCGCCCACUCCGCCCAGCCCUGCAGGCCGGAAGCGCGGUGGUCUAGUCAGGUUCUUUUCUGCUCUGACACCUGGGUGCCGCCGAGAUGCCGGCCUACCAUUCUUCUCUCAUGGACCCAGACACCAAGCUCAUUGGCAACAUGGCACUGCUGCCCAUCAGAAGUCAGUUCAAAGGACCUGCCCCUAGAGAGACAAAAGACACAGACAUUGUGGAUGAAGCCAUCUAUUACUUUAAGGCCAAUGUCUUCUUCAAAAACUAUGAAAUUAAGAAUGAAGCUGAUAGGACCUUGAUAUAUAUAACUCUCUACAUUUCUGAGUGUCUAAAGAAACUCCAAAAGUGCAACUCCAGAAGCCAAGGAGAAAAGGAGAUGUACACGCUGGGAAUCACCAACUUCCCCAUCCCCGGAGAGCCUGGCUUUCCCCUGAAUGCCAUUUAUGCCAAACCUGCAACCAAGCAGGAGGACGAAGUGAUGCGAGCGUACCUCCAGCAGCUCCGCCAGGAGACGGGACUGCGCCUUUGUGACAAAGUGUUUGACCCCCAGAAUGAUAAGCCCAGCAAGUGGUGGACUUGUUUUGUGAAGAGACAGUUUAUGAACAAGAGUCUUUCAGGACCUGGGCAGUGAAGGGCCGUGGCCUCGGAACCAGGCUUGUGUGGUCCUUCGCCUUGAAUUCCUUCUGCUUGGCUUUGUGCUGAAGAGAGAAGAGAGGAUGUCCUUGAAAACGUCCUGAUCAAAAAUCCUGGGGGGAGGAGAGAGGGUGGGUUCUCCAGGGGUGACUAGCCAUCUUCUAUAAGUUGAAGCUGAUGUUUAAUAAUAAAUAAUAAUAAAGAAAUUUUUUUUAACAUUU